CAGUAGAGAUCAUCAGAAACCAUCAGCAUUUCAAUCUUUCUCGCAUCAGGACAAUCGAGCUGAAGGCAGGAGAGGUUUAAAACAAGAUUUGAGGCAUAUGUCCGUUUAACAGAGCUAGCACAGGAUAGAGACCCUUGUGAAGUAAUCUCCAAGUUAUGCAAUAUUCUGUAAAAAAGAGUGAAACUGUGAGAUAGACAUCACAGAAGAAGCUUGACUGUAUGAUUAAAGGGCCUCAUGUUGCAUUACAGAAUGGAAAGUUGUGUUAUUUCACCUUUACCAGAAGAAAUAAUCCCAUACGAUCAUGACGGUCGGCUGAUGUACGACUUCUAUUCGUAUCUCACUCCUGAACCUGGAACUCAUGCUGAAAAUGGAUGGGAAUAUUCAAGUGUUCAUGCCCAUCACAGUGAAUAUGAACCCCCUCAGGGAAACUGCAUUGAGCUGUCCUCCACCCCGUACCACUAUAGAGAUGUGGAGACCUACCAUCCACCUGUAGAUCCUGGGAUGGGACCCCUUCUGCCUGUAGUUCCUCCACAGUACACUUACGUAUCACAUCACCAGCUGUACCAACGCUCACCCGUCCCCCACUGCAGCACUGAUGAUGAGGAACCUGGGGGUCGCAGUCCACCCUUCGAGGUAUCAGAGGGUGAAGAGGACAAUGACAGACAUCCAGGGACGUCCAGUGCUCUGAUAGGAAACAAAAGAAAAGUUCGCCUCUAUCAGUUCCUUCUGGACCUCCUUCAAGACGGAGACAUGCGAGACUGCAUCUGGUGGGUGGACAGAGAGCGAGGCAUCUUUCAGUUCUCCUCCAAGCACAAGGAGACUCUUGCCGGUCGAUGGGGCCAGCAGAAGGGCAACCGCAAGAGGAUGACCUAUCAGAAGAUGGCCAGGGCCCUGCGAAACUACGGCAAGACGGGCGAGGUCAAAAAAGUGAAGAAGAAACUGACGUAUCAGUUCAGCGGUGAUGUGAUGAGGAGGAUGUCAGUGGAGAGGCGACAGUAUCAUCACUGAGAGAGAACUGAUGGACGUGACACAAUUUAAUACAGAUUUUCCCACAUAUACAUCAAUAUUCUCAAAGAUCCUGUCAAGCAGAGCAUUCUUUUUGUAAUGAUUUUAUCUCAGGGAUUUCAAAUUUGAACUUAAAAACCAUUAGCAAACAUCGGUGUGUUUUUGUAAGUGAAGGGCAGACAAAUAAACGCAGCAUGAUUUAAUGAAAGUCUGUAGUUUCGUGACACUGUAUAAUGGGCUGGACACACUUGUGUUAUUGUUGAGCUAAUCAGUGAGUUCAAUGUAAUAUUAAUCUUUGUGCUUCAGUUACACAACGUAAUUGCUAAUAAAUUCAGGGAUAUUA